GCAGAGUGUUGUAUACUGGGUGGAGACUGGACUCAGUUAAACAUUAGUGAAUGCUCUGCUGUAGCGUGAACUGUAUAAGGGAAGAGUUCGGUUAUCAUGGCUGUAAGGCUCGGUGGAUUCCUCUUUCUUGCAGUGCUUCUCAGCGCAGUAGAUGCAUCAAGACCAGCUAUAAACCAGGAGUUAUCCAACCUUUUCAAUGAGCUCUGGAGGCUGGAUGUGAACCGCUUGAAGCCUGGAAUAGACUACACGAUCUCUGUUCAGGGUAGAGCAGGAUUUGUGAACCAGGGCAGCCAUAGUGUACUGGAUCACGCCUCACUGCCUCUGUUCUCCAAUGUAAACGAGAACAAACUGAGGAAUACAACCACCUUUUCUUGCUUCAUGAAACUCCUGGACAACUAUGAGCGGUCGACAGGCAUCACAGAACGGGUCACUCCAGAGGAGCUGACAGAAAUUAAUCUUUUCCUGGAUGUUGUUUUAGAGACUCAAAUCAUGAAGCGUGCUCAUCAGUACCUGGUGAGCAAAGGGAAGUCCAGCUUUGACUCCAGGCAGUUUAAGAAUCAGCUCAACUUGAUCUGGUUCCAUCUGUACCACCGACAGAGAAACACGGGCCCAGACUCUUGUGGAUUUGAACACGUCUUUGUCGGUGAAACCAAAUCUGGAACAGAAAUAAUCGGAUUUCACAACUGGGUCCAGUUCUACCUGCAGGAGAAAAACAGCCACUUGGACUACAAAGGGUACAAGGCCAGAGACCAGGACUUGCCCGAUCACGACGACCACGUCCUGAACCUGCAGUUCAGCUGGCACGGCGUGGUGAAGCCCGUCGGCAGCGCCUUCAUCGGCACCAGCCCGGAGUUUGAGAUGGCAGUCUUCACCAUCGUCUUCCUCAUGAACACAGAGCGAAGCACCACGGUGCUGGUCAACAUCGACCAGUGCCAGAUGGAGCUGGUGGUCAUCAGGCAGGGCCGCUGUCUGGGGACGGCGUACCCCAAACUGCUCAGCAGCAACAGCAGACACGUCGGGGUGAACUCACACUGACUCCGGCCGCACCUGGAGUUAUUUUUACCUAAAAACAGGCGGUGAAAUCUACAUCCAUCAGGAGAAUCAUAAUCUGUACUUAUUCAACCAUGUAUCUAAGGCUUUUAAUAAAAUAUUUCUGUUGGUUUUAUGAGAAGAACAGGAUUUAUUUGAAAAGGUGUAAUGGGUUAGGCUAUUUUAUUCCCAUGAAUAAAAACAAUCCUAAAUGUUUUAGUGAUCCAAAAAUGUUAAUUCCCAUUGAAAUAAAAGUAUUAACUGUAGAAAAGUAUCCUUUAAAGAGUGUUAUAUCAUUAAUGUCUUUGUAUUUGAGCAGCAUUAACAUGAGCAGCUGAUCUAUAAGUCAUACCACUUUCUUGUCUUGGUGAAUUUAAUUUUUUACAUUGAAGCUGAUAAGCAGGGUGUUGAAAUGCUUUGACAUGACAAAAAUCUUUGUUUUUUUAAGGUCUCUGAAUAUUGCCAAAGAGUUCUUAGUCUUCUUCCAUAAGAUUUUAGAAGACUGUCUUCUCUUCAGGUCACCUUACAGGUGUUGGAUUCAGGUCUUUAGAUGACAACGACCUUAAAGAAGGUUGAUUUAGAUUCUAGUCAACCCUUUCUGUGAUGAUUUGGCUAUAUGUUCUGGACCAUUACUCUGCUGAAAGACCCUAUGAUGACCCAUUUUAAGUUUUCUGGUUGAAGCCACCAGAUUUUAUUGUUUGAAUGUUCAGUUAAUUAAAGAGAUCACAGUGUCAAUGAUUACAACAAUGAUACUGAUAAGAAACUUUAAACUGCCAGUAGUGAGGUUGGAAAUGUUCUUGCUUUUAUCUUUAUGUUUUACUGGAUCUACAAUAAACAGAUAGUCUAAACUCUUCCUCUUUUAUGACUGCAGAUCUGUGAUCCAACUUCUUUGCUCUCUGCAGUUGCACCUCUUUGCAUUACAUCACUGUAACCUCCUUUAAAUAAGGUUUAUAUAUGGCUUAUCUCUAAAUAAAAUGCAUUUCCUUACA